ACAAAAGGACGUAACCGACUAAUACUGUGUUUGAUUGCCUGUUCGCAAUCAGUCAGUGAGGUGCUGCGCGCGAGUCGACUCGCGUCCACAGCAAAAUGUUGAGCUGUGUGCGGUCAAGGCGGUGUUGUGUGGUAGGCAGCGUGCUAGCGACGCUGUUGUUGGGCGCGCUGGUGGCUGUCCUCGUGCUGCAGCCGUGGGCUGCCGACGACCACCCGCGCUACCAGCGCGCCACGGUUGCGGCGAAUGGCUACGAGUGCUCUGGGAUCGGGCGACAAAUCUUAGAAAAGAACGGGUCAGCCGUAGACGCGGCCAUUGCAACUUUAUUCUGCGACGGCAUCGCGUGCGCACAAUGUAUGGGGCUCGGCGGCGGGUUCCUCGCGACCAUGUACGAUGCGGCGAGCGGACAGGUCGACGUGCUCAACGCCCGCGAGCGGGCGCCGAUGGCCACAACUCUGGACAUGUUCGCGAACGCUUCGUCAACCGUCGGCGGGCUAGCCAUCGCGGUCCCCGGCGAACUUCGCGGCUACGGCGAAAUGCAUCGCCGCUACGGCCGCCUGCCCUGGGCGGAGUUGGUGCAGCCCACUAUAGACCUCUGCAAGAACGGAGUGCGCGUUACAGAGUACAUGGCGCGCGUGCUCUUGAGCUACAGCGACAGAAUCAAGGCGGAGCCCUCCAUGAGGGAAACGUACGUGAACCCGGAGACGCGCGAGGUGUACCAGCUAGGAGACCUGAUCCGGCACCCAACACUAGCCGUUACCUUGGAGACUAUCGCCCGGGAGGGCCCGGAGGCGAUUCACAACGGCUCCCUUACCAUUCCGCUCGUCAGAGACAUUCGCCAGCACGGUGGCAUCAUCACGGAGGAAGACCUCAAGACCUACAAGCCAGUAUGGCAAGAGCCAGUAGAAGUGCCGCUAACAGACGACCUGACUCUUUACACCUCCCCCCUCCCCGGGUCAGGGGGCGUGUUAGCAUUCAUCCUCAACAUGCUCCGAGGCUGGGUCGAGGUCGGCACGUCGGCGCCGCCCGGCUCCAACCUGUACUACCAUCGCGUCAUCGAGACCUUCAAGUACGCGUACGGCCUGCGCACACACCUCGGAGACCCUUCACGAUCACCGGAACAGUACAACCUGACCUUCAGCAUCAAUGAGCUGGAAACCAACAUGAGCCAGCCCUCAUGGGCAACCGCGUACAGGGGUCAGGUUGACGACGCGCGCACGUACGAUGACUGGAAGCACUACGGCGCCGACUUCGAGGGUGCGGACGACCACGGCACUGCGCAGGUGGUGGUGAUUGGCACUGAUGGCAGCGCUGUGUCUGUUACCAGUACUGUGAAUUAUAUCUGGGGGUCUCUGAGGCGAUCACAAAGCCUUGGAUUCAUUUUGAACAACGAGAUGGAUGACUUCGCUAUUCCCCACCGAGAGUCAGCAUACGGUCUGCUGCCUUCGCCUUCGAACCUGCUCGGGCCAGGUCUUCAGCCGUUGAGCUCCAUGGUGCCGACCAUAACUCUUCGCCAAAACGGCGAGGUUGCCAUGGUGUGCGGCGCCGCUGGCGGCACGAAAAUUACUACUCAAGUCGCUAUGGCCGUAAGAGCAAUCUUCUUGGAAGGCGGCCGUUUGCCAGAAACGAUCCGAAGGCCCCGUGUGCAUCACCAACUUGUGCCAAUGGAGGUGGAAUAUGAACACGAUUUUGAUCAGUCCAUCAUCGAAUCACUCCGAAACCGGGGCCAUGCCACCACCGAGCUGAGUAGAACUGCAGGUUUCGCCGCCAUGAUAGCAGCAGUGAGAGAAGCCGACGGCAGGAUCGUAGCAGCCACGGACCCUCGGCGCAUCGGAAGCCAGGACGGACUUUAAAUCCAUAGAGUAUAAUAAGUGGAAAGACCUUGACUCCUAAUCGAGGUUAUGCUAUAUGCAGUGGCGUAGCUACCAAAGAAUUUUACGAUGUCGUGCACUGAGACCCCAAACUCAGGGGACCGCCUGACCAGCGUUAUUUCGUCACGUACUUACUCAUCAUUUCAUAUACCUAAUAAAACUUAAACGGCUUAUUUGGGGCCCUUGCACCAGGGCUUAUGAUUACCUAGCUGCGCCACUGGCUUUGUGAUUAUUUGUAAGAUCUCUAACAUCAAGCGCUCCAUACAACGUGAGCACGUACAGGGGCGGCUAUGACCUAAAAGUUAUUGGAGAAUUUAACCGCGCCCCUUGAGCCACGGCAGUCGUGUGCGGCACACCCAUUGCACCUCCAGGUAGGGCCGCCCCUGACCUAUAUUCUAUUGCACGAACUAGUAUGCCCAUUCAUUAAAAACACGUGAACGUGAGUGACCGCUUUUGUUUAUGGAGAUCCUGAAAGGAAUAAAGGGACGCAUUUCAUUUAGUUCGUAGUACUUAUUAACACCGACUAAGAGUUUAAUAAAUGUGAAAAUAAAUUUAUCUCGACCCUAAGUAGGGUAGCCAAUGCCAUGGCUUUUUUUCGUAUUAUUCUGUAAAACUGUUUUGUCUCAUACUUUGGAAUUAGGUUACUGAAAUUAUUAAAAAGUACCUUCAUGCGUUUAGGGCUUCGUAGACAACAGUGAACAUUGUGAUAUUCUUAUCUACUAUUAGAUAUAUUAUUACAUUCAGAUGAUUGGUAUAAAUUAAACUAUUCAUAACUAUUUAAUACUUGAGCUAUGGAUUUUAGAUGAUCAAAAUUUUUAUUAGACAUACCUUGCUCUGUAUUUUUAAUCGAUUUAGAAAUUAUUGUCUCUUAAGACGAGAAGAGGAGAGUAAGGGACUAGAAUAUUAUUAAUUAUAAUGGUCUAUAAUAUGGCAAUCGAUAGUACGCGUAGCUGUACAUGCAUAUAUCUACAGUACAACAAUGUAAUUUAAAUUACCAGUGUUGUAAAAAUUAUGCCACCUAUGAAUUUUAGAGACCGAUUGUUGAAUAUUUUGUUUUGUAGUUGAGAGGACUAUCUUUUAAUUUCUUUGUAAAUAUUUAAAUGAUUUAGAUAGUCGAGUAUUUAAGGUGCUGUUAUUGUUAAUGUAUGUACGUAAUUUCAUAAAAUUAUGAAUAUGUUUAA